AAACUAUCUGGAGGAAGAGACUUGUCUGAUGCCGUGCACAAUCCCUUCCUCUCAAAAAGAAACUUCUUGAAAGAAAUCAUCCUGAACAAGACUGUUAAAUCUUUUUCAACAAAUCUACAAUCACUGAACGAACCACCAGCGCUUAAAAAUGAGCUACCAGCGCAAUAACACCAAUAAUGCUUACCAAGGCUACGUCGACCCAUGGGUACAUGGAAGUUCAAGCGAACAAGUCAACCAUGGAAGAGCCUUCCUCCAAAGCCGGACAAGAGUCAACCGAGGAAAUCGAUUCCAGUCGCGAGGAAGACGGAAUUUCCAGGCUAGGAGUGUAGAGGCGCACAGAGAGAGUGUGGGUAUGGAUAAUAGUGAAUCGUUCGAAAAGGCGAUCAGAGGAAAACUAUUAGCAGGACUGAAAGAUGAAGCAACAGGCGUUGCUACUAAAAAAGCAGCACUAACGGAGACUGCAGUACCAUUACAAAUUUCAACGAGACAGAUUGGAUUCGGACUAACUAAUAUGCUAAACACUGCCAAUGUCGAUCAAAAGCUGUCGCAAAUGGCCAACGCAAAUAGAGGCACCAUUAACCAAUACUAUCGCAUCGGAUUAAGCCUUAUUGAAACAAAAUUAUUUAAAACAUCAACAAGAAUCUCAGAAGCCAUUGAUGAAAUAGAAGAGCUACCGAAAUUGAAGCGUGACACCGAGUUUCAAAAUAUAAGUACAACCGCAGUUCGGGUUCCUGAACCAAUUGCGACUUUUGUAAAUUCAAUCGGAUUGUUUAAAGAUACAACCGAAUCAUGUUUUACUUCCAUGCCUGUGGAUCACAUCUCAGAGACAGGAGAGUUCGUUCCGCUUCCUGAAAAUCUACGGAUCAGCAAUCUUCGUCAGACUGUUGUGGCAUUAUCAAAUCCAGCUACACAAGAAGCUACAAGAACAUAUUUUGAAGAGCACAACCCUAUCCCUGGGACAAUAUGGGCAAACCAUUUGCUCUUGAAUCCUGAUGACAUAAUCGGAGAAAAAUAUGGAGCUACUGAAUUGGAAGAUGACCUAAACGCCAUUGGUCCACAUGCCCAAAGGCUGUUUGAGAAAUAUCCAAAGUGCUUGGGACGCAUCAACUGGGAGAAGUACAAUGUAGGAAAAGAAAUAUUUGUUUCAUGUGACAUCGCUGAAAUGCAUGUUAUGCCAAGAAGAGAAAACGAAGAAGAAAGUGCUUACACUACCAGAAACCAUGUUCAUGGCGAUCACAAAGUCUUCAAAAUGCGAUUUCCAAUGAAGGAAGCUGAGUUACGCAAAGGCAUUAACUUGCUGAUGGGUGAGGUUACUAGUGUACGGACUCGCCGAAUUUUGUACACGCCAAGAAUCCCACGAUACCUCAGGUAUAAAUCGACGAUGGUGAAUUACAAAUCCGUCAUCAACAUGAGGUUUAAAGUAACAUUUAUCAAAGCUAACGGUGAUCGAGUUACUUCCAAAGGGAAAGAAGGUGAUUCUCUUCUGGACGUAGUUGUCAACAAUAAUUUAGACUUUGAUGGAUUUGGUGCUUGUGAAGGAACCCUCACCUGUUCCACAUGUCAUUGCAUCUUCAAACAAGAAGACUACGACAGAUUACCUGAGAAGCCGUGUGAUGAGGAACUGGAUAUGCUGGAUCUAGCAUAUGAUCUUACACCAACGUCGAGACUUGGAUGUCAAAUACUACUUUCAAAAGAUUUGGACGGUGUUGAAGUUAGGAUACCAGCAACAGUGAAUGAUGCAAGAUCGUGACUUUUUCGUGGUUUAUUUCUCAGCGGAAAACAACCUAUAGGCAAUAUUUUGGUACUUUAACAAUAGAAAGCUCUGGACUAUGUUUAUUUAGAGUACUUAUAUGAAGUCACAGACUUUGCAAUUCUUAAUGUAACAAUUGUUUGUAAUGUCCGUAAUCUCUUAUACUUGAUGGUGAUAUUAUAAUAUAACUUAUAACUCAAUAUUGUUAUGGAUAAUUUUGUUACUUAUUAUGAUAGGUAAAAAUCUUACUGAAAUUAGUAAAAUUCUUAUGUUAUCUUUUUAGGGCCCAUAUUUUAACUAACUAAAUUUUCAAUAGACCUAGUUUAUUGUUUAAUAAAUAGAUGCAGGUAAUAACUCUACAAAUCAGGGUAAAAUAAGUAGCUUAUUAUUCUGUCCUGAAGAGUAAAGUAUUUAGUUAACUAAAUUUGUUUAAUGUAAGUUACAUGACAUAUAACUUACUUCAAUGUAUUUUUGCUCUCCUUAUUUAAACUCUUUUGUACAGUAUCAUAUUGACAGCAGAGGACUAUGAACACUUGAAAUGUUGUCUUCCAAAAUGACAUCGGAAUUUAAAAUAGU